AUGGCGGAACACAACUCCGAGGACGACUCUUACAUCUAUCCGAUUUACGCAACGGUGGAAGUACACCGUGACGCAACUCAAAAGGCCUUCUGCGAUGCAGACAGGCAAGCGGAACAGGUUGAAGAGGAUGAAGAUUUGGAGAGCACUUUCAAAGUUCUUGAGGAUGUGAACUUCGUUGGAAGUUCUGUCGCAAACAUCAUUCGCCAUUGGUGGACUCAAAUGUGCUCUCCGCACUCAGAGACCGAGGUUGAGACGUCCAUAUCCUGCCGAAAUCUUCUCCUCGUCUACGACAACUUUGAAGGGUUUCCAGACGCCAUGCGUCACAGCCUAGAAGCAGCCAUUGGCGAGGUCUUGCGUCUCGAAACCAUGGGGCGCCCAGAUUGGAACGCUUCGCUCUCAUCCACCUCCGAACCUGAUAAAGAUCUCCGCGGGGAGAGCGACGAACCAGAAGCGAAAGGCAGACGUAACGAUUAUGCUGCUCAAAUCUGUAUCGACGCUGGCAAUGCUGGAGGCAGCGACCAGCACAUCGAAGAAGUACUCGCCUUCCACACCAAGAAGCCCAAAGAGCUCGAAACCCACCCUGAUUGGUUCGCUGUCAUCGAGCAAACCUCGAUUGCCACCAUCUUAGUCACACUGGUUUACAAAGGAUCCGGAGAAGCGGGAUAUGGUCGCUGCCCCAUGCCAGUUGAUUGGGCUGGAGAGGUGUUGCGCUGGCUUGGGAUCAGGUUCUGUUGUUGGCGUGAGUGGGAUGAACUGAUGGAACUAGAGUCUCCGGUUGAAGAUUAG